AUGGCUUGUUCUGAUAAUUCGAACCUUUCAGAAUUAGAAAAUCUACCAAACCGCUCACAUUCGCCCCUCCCACAAAACCGAGAUGCAUGGGUGUCCGAGGCGUUAGACUUGUUUUACAAAGAGUUUAACUACGUUGAUGUCUGCCCUGAAAAGAAAGCCGAACUUUCAAAUGAGAAAAAUGGCAAAUCGUGUUGCUGCGAUUUUACCCAGCUCACUAAAUUCAUGCAGCAACAGAUCCAACUUCAACUCCAACAGCAGCAACAAUGUGGUGGUCAACAAUCCGGUGGUCAACAAUGCUGUGGUCAACAAUCCGGUGGUCAACAAUCCGGUGGUCAACAAUGUGGUGGUCAACAAUCCGGUGGUCAACAAUGCUGUGGUCAACAGAACCAGAAACAACAAUGUCCAAUGACAAAUACUGAACAAAAUGCAUGCCCACUUAAUCCACCAGUGCCACCACCACCACCCGCACCUGCAUCAAUUUGCUCAUCAGUCCAACAAAGUCAGGCAUGCUGUUCGCAAUAUUUCACCCCUGUCGCCCCCGUACAGCCACCAUGCCAAGGUCAAGGUGAAAGUAUUGCUAGACCCCCACAGAACUUGGCGUGCCCUAACAAUGGACCCACUCCGAAUUUUGGGGGAUGCUGUGGUCAAAGAUGCGGUGGCGCAACAAAUGUCUCAAAUAACACAGCAUGUCAUCAAACGCCUCCUUCCACCAGCGAAGGUCAAGCUCGUUGCGGAUGCCGGGCAGCAGCUCUAGGGACGAAAUCCAACCAUGCGGGAGUCGGUGUAGCAAAAUGCCCGCAGCCACCACCACCACCACCACCUUGUCCACCACCUCAAGCAACAAUGCAGACUGGUGAAUCGCCUCCAGACCCCGGAACGCAAAAAAAGGAGAUGAUUGAAGGAGAUGGAGAAGAAGACGGUUAUGGGGGCUGGAAGUUGAAAGACAUUGGCGAAACUGAUGGAAAUCGGGGAAGCGGCGGUGGCGGUGGUGGAAAGGACGGGGAAGAAAGGUCUUGGGCGUUGAGGGACAUUGGCGAAGUUGACGCAAAUCGUGGUGGUGGAAGCGGCGGUGGUGGUGGUAAGGACGGGGAAGAAAGAUCUUGGGCGUUGCGGGAUGUUGGCGAAGUCGGACCCACUUCAGAAUUAGGGUGGAAACCAAUGUUUGGCAGUCGUGGUGGUCCGCCGGGCGAUGGAAACGCUGCCCAAAAAGGAGACUGGACCGCGCUGGAUGUCGACGUGCAAAAACCUGAGCCUGUAAACGUGUCUGUCGUUGAAAAUGUGCAAGCGAACGCAGCAGUAGCAGGGGCACGAAUGCCUAUGCCUACAAAUUAUCGCUGUUGUCCGCCCUGUCCUGGACUCCCAACAGCUCCACCAGCUCAAAAUAGCAGUAAUAAUGCUGUUAAUGACCUCCCUCCAAAAUGUGAAACUGCACAAGAAGGUACAAAAUACUGGAUUUGAUGCCCCCUUUUAU